AUGGCGAACCAAACCUCCCGCACAUAUACGCUCAACACGGGAGCCAAAAUCCCCGCCAUCGGCCUGGGAACAUGGCAAUCCAAGCCCAGCGAAGUCCAGGAGGCCGUCGAGGCCGCUCUCCGCCGCGGCUACCGCCACAUCGACACGGCAGCAGCAUACGGCAACGAGAAGCAAGUCGGCGCGGGCAUCAAGGCGUCGGGCGUGCCGCGCUCCUCCAUCUGGCUCACGACCAAGCUCAACAACCCUGACCAGACGCGCGCCGCCGCCGCGCUGGACGAGAGCCUCGCGAACCUGGGCACCGACUACGUCGACCUGUACCUCGUGCACUGGCCGGCGGCGACGGACCCAGACGACAACACCAAGCUCGUGCCGGACUGGGACUUUGUCGACACCUGGCGCGAGAUGCAGAGGCUCGCAACCACGGGCAGGGCGCGCAACAUUGGCGUGUCCAACUUUGGCAUCGCCCACCUGGAGAAGCUGCUGGCCGACGAGAGCUGCAAGAUCGUCCCCGCCGUCAACCAGAUCGAGCUGCACCCCUGCAACCCGUCGCCCAAGCUCGUGGCCUACAACACGGCCAGGGGCAUCCACAGCACGGGCUACUCGUGCCUGGGCUCGACCGACUCGCCGCUGCACACGAACCAGACGCUGCUCGAGGUCGCCCGCGCCAAGGGCCGCACGCCGCAGCAGGUGCUCCUCGCGUGGGGGCUGCAAAAGGGCUGGAGCGUCAUCCCCAAGAGCGUCACGCCCGCGCGCAUCGAGGCCAACUUUGCCCUGGACGGGUGGUGCCUGACCGACGGCGAGGUCGCGAGCCUGGACGCCGUCGAGGAGCGCUUCAAGGUCUGCAAGGACGCCUGGCUGCCUGUCAGGGUGUUUUUCGGCGACGACGAGUGA